CACGAUCGGAAUUCCAGAUGAAGUAUCCCGCGGCUCAGGCAUUGAUUGAUUUCACUGAGGACGUGUGUAAGGCGAUUACGUCACCAGCUUGCCUUUCUAGCAUGCGAUUCGCAAACCAAACACCAGCAGACACUAAAAUCAGUUGCUAAAGGUCAUUCACCCAAUUACUACUAUGCCGCGCUUACAAUUACGAGCUAUCUGCGCUUAAUGCACUCUCUAGAGCCCGUGGAUCAUCCAGCAUGGACCUUCCUUCGAGUCUCAUUCGAGACAUCUCACCGCCACCACCACUGAAGCGAAGAAAGACAUCGGGAGCAAUAACACCAUCUGAUACCACAGCGAAUAAUGCUUACCCAAAAACGACACCAUCGAUAGAGCCCACAUUGGCAGCUGUAGAGGCUGGAAAGGCAAAGGUCGAUAACCACUUGGCAUACUUCAAGGAUCAUCUAGCAAAAGCAUCAAGGAAAACAGCACCCGAAAUCUCCAGACUUUCUAUCGACGACUUCUCCACACUUUACCAGAAUAAUCACCAAGAGAAUGGCCAUCAUUUCGUCGUCCAUCAGCACAACCAUCCCAGAGCUGGCGUGCACUAUGAUCUGCGCCUGCAAUUCUCCGAGACAAGCUCAAUGUCCUUUGCUCUUCCCAAAGGCUUGCCAGGAGACCCAAACUCUCGGAGUAUAGGCCGAAUGGCUAUCGAAACGAGGGUGCACAAUUACUGGAAUCAUUUGAUCGAGAGCGCGAGUAGGAAGACGGGGAGUUUGUUAAUUUGGGACACGGGGACGUACGAGGUGUUGCCUAGAAAGAUGACUAAAGGAGGUGGGAAGAGUAUGCCCAGUCCAGUGACGACGGAUGAGGAGGACUCUGAGCCUGAAAGUGAACGGAAUGGGCCAGCUCCAACACCUCAGAAGGCCGAGACCGAGAAACACGAGAACGACAAACUCAUUUCAGCAUUCCAAACUCGCUACAUACGCCUACGCCUCCACGGCACACGACUUCCGAAUAAUUACACUAUCAUCUUACGUCUCCCAUCUAACGAGAUCAUCAAGCGGCCAACAACACGGCGAAAGAAAAGCCGCCAAAAAGCAAAAUCUCGAGUCAAUACGCAGGGCGCCAAUACAGACUCCGAGCCUGAGCCUGAUUUGCAGUUGGAAGAGCAGAACCAAGAUGAAGAUCUCGAUACCGACUCGAACGAAGACGCACAAACCCGCGCCAGUAAUGCCUACCCAGGCUCUACGAAUGAUAUUGGUUCGAUUCACCAGCGACAUUGGUUUUUGCAGCUAGAUCGGCAUAAUAGUGGCUUCUUGCUUGAAAAGGAUGGGGAUAGCAAGGGGAAGUGGGUGCGCGGGCCGAAGGGCGGCGGACUUUAACCGUUUUGGGUACGAGGACGGGACUUUGAGAGGAGCGUAGUUACGGGACGGUUAGCGGGGGAAGUGGAGAGCGACGAAGGUGUUGAGGGAUUUGUGGGACGAGCAGGCUGGACAGGGGUAGAGCAGUAGACGCAGGCUACUGUAAGGGACGAAGUGUAUACCCAAGAAGAUAACUAACUAGAAACAAGAACGUGUACAAGAACUGCGACAAACUUGAUAAACAUUUAGAUCCCGAACUUCAAACCACUCCUCGUCGUUCCCCUCG